AUGUCGACAAAGAGGUCGCUGGUGCCCUAUGCGGAGUCGGAAUCGGACAAGGAGAGUGACACAGCCGGACCAUCUACGACGGUCAAGAGCGGCGAAAGGGAUAGAGAUGGGGUGAAAGCAAAGAAGAAAAGAAAGAGACUGCCUGCAUUCGAUGACGCUGAAGACGCAGGGACAAGCAAGGAGCAGCGCCAGGUGCACACAUCGACAGGCGUCGCUUCCACAGAGCCGCUCAAGGGCGACUGGCUCUGCUAUGUUUUUGUGCCGAUCCCGGAUGGGUGCGAAGUCUUUGCACUCAUCAAAAAGGCAAGGAAGCUGCUAGAGACUACCUUCCACGAGCCAUCGGGAGACCUCAGAUCAGCAGACGAGCCGCUGCACGUGUCGCUCUCGCGGCCCAUCCUCAUUCGCGCCCACGAGCGCGACACCCUCGUCGACGUCGUUCGGACCGCGCUGUCCCACAGCCAGCCGGGUCCGUCGCUCGACGUCGCAUUCGCCCGUUUUGCCCAUUUUCCAUCACACGACGCCAAGCGCACCUUUUGGGCCGUCGAGGUCGGCCAAGGCUGGCGCGAGCUCAAGACGGUGACUGAUGCGUUGGAUAAAGGCCUCGGCGCGUCAGCCCUCAAGGCAAGGCCGUACCACGCCCAGCCGCGCUUCCAUGCCAGCUUUGCAUCUGCGCGCGCCAGCCUCGGCGUGGCACCCGAAUCAGACGAGAGGGAGUGCGAGAACAAAAGGCAGCAGAUCACGGAUCGCCUCGAGGCGGAGCUCAGUGUCAAGCUGAGACACUGUCCGCCCAUCCGCAUCGGCAGUGUUGGUGUAGCUUUAGGGAAGGAAGUGCAAUGGGUAAAACUUUGAGAAAGAG